AUGGCAGGAAUCAGUGCCAGGACAAGUGCAAUUAGAUUCAGGCUGUUUGGUAUUGCAAGCAAGGCUCGGUGGGACCUUCUAAGGGCCGACCUAUACAACUCGGAUUAUCUUGUUGGCUAUCGCGAUGAAAACUGGCAUGAGCAGAUGGGAAAGCUCUCAGCUGGAGAAGGGAUGCGUUAUGCCUAUGAUCCAAUCUCCGAAAGCAACACUGUGCACCGCAAAUCAUCGACCCUGGCGCUCAACGACUGUAUGACUACUGUGACAUCACCGGCAGGCGGUGCAUUGGCUUCCGACGGCAUGUCAAUCGAGCAAAUUUAG